UUUCAGUGUUGCUUCGGCAGCGAAUCGGUUAACAACACUGGCGCGACGCGCCCGCACGCACUUUUCCUCAAGGAGUUUCCACCGAAUUCAAAAACUAUCUAAAUAUUUUAUUUUAACCCGCUGCUAAUCGAAUGACACUGCGCAAGUUUAAAUUUUUUUCCGAAAAGUUUUCUUCAAAGGGUAUAAAUUAAUGCGCGAGGCGCCGUGUCGCCGUCGCCGCCACCACCGCUCCGCGGCACCUCCGAAGCGCGCGUCGCUUUCGGCCCGCCAGUCGUCAGUAUCUCGCUGCUCGUCGGCCCGCGAAGCGCGCACAUUUCCCAUUCGAAAGUCGCCGCGAGCGCACUCGCAUCUUCCCCGGAAAACUUCGACAAAACUUCGCCGAAAGUGUCCACUGGAUAAUUCCGAACAAACAAUUGUGGUUGACAAGUGAAUUUAGUGCCACUGAAUGGAUACGGAUACUCUAACAAGCCGAUAAUAAUAAUUUUUUUUGAAUGUUAUUUUCGGCGAUUUUCCGUGGAUUUUCUAUCGAUGAUUAGGACGAUUGCACAGCGGCGGUGCGCGCGUUUCCAUGCCAUUCGUGCUAUAUAUGGAAUCGGCACGUCGAACUUGUUUGUAUAAAUAGACGCGUGUGUGUAGUGUGCGCGGCGCGCGUUGUAAAAUCGGCGUUGUUGUAAUUAGCGGCGAGUGAGCCACGAACGCGAAAAGGGACACGCGCGCGCGCGCUAGGCCGAAAUUCAAGUGUCAACUUAAGCCACCGCGCCGCGCAGGACUUGUGGGGAAGUCGUAAGGACUUCUAUGGGAUGGGGAGCGCCUCGAGCCGCGAUCGGACCGCAUCAGUCCCAGCGCGGAUGACACCGGCAUGCCGAAGCGACUCGACCUGAGCCACCCGAGGGCGCAAAUUCGCACGAUGUGGACGUCGGCGCACCGCCAUCACGAGCAGCCAGAGAAGAGCGCACGGCACGUGGACGCCACCACCGUCAUCAAAUACCACAAUCGGGCGCCCUAGGAUAGACCACAACACACAUAAACACACAAAUUGACACCCAAUAAUAGAAAUAAAAAUAAAACUGUGCGGUUUUGCCGAAACUUCGACGGGCCAAAGUGAGCAAUGUAUAAAUUGACGUGCGGAAAAUGCGUUGUAUGUUUUCUCUUUCUAGUGAUGGUAGCAUUCUUGAGUUGUUCCGGUUUCCGCAUAGAUAGCGACCGCCUCGGCGCGAUGGGCGGGUUCAGUGACUCGAGUGUCAGUGUCGCGAGUGCUUUGGAGGCGGCGGGGGCGGGCGCCCGCCGGACAACGCGCCACCGCCUGCGCCACGCAAAACACCACCACAUCCCCACGAGUCGGAUCGACGUCUACGUCGAGCAGCCGGCUGCGACAGCCCCCAGCGCGCCCGACGGGCAGAUCCCGCAGCCGGGGGCGGCGCCGGCACCCACCGAACCGCUCACCAAACGUGCGCAACGCUCACCUGCGCGCAACCAGCAGCAGCAUCAUCAACAACCACCGCAAGUGCGCGGUAAUCGUAAAGCGAAACCCUGUCAGGAGCAGGACCUCGCACGCAAAGCCUACAUGGCCAACACGGUGGUGCUCGCCAAGGCGGAGAGCAUGAGCAUGAGCCGUGUGCGGUACUACAACUACAGCGUCUCGUUUCGCAUCAUCACGCGCUUCAAGUCACCACAGUACGCCUUCGGCGAUGACAUCCUGCGGCUGACGUUCCUCAACGACACACGCCGCAUGAACUGCGAGUCGGAGCUGGGCGGCGGCGAGGGCGGCGUCGUUAAGGCGCAGAUACGCCCUGCCAAGGAGUAUUAUCUCUUCCUCAACAGCCAGGGCAAUCACAACUAUAGCGUCGUCGGCGCGCCGGUGCUCAAUCGGCGCAAACGCGCCGCGGAAAUCGAGCGCAUUCUGCGCGAUGUCACUAGGACAAAAUUCGAACCUAGAUUAUCAAAACCGGAAGUAAACAAACCGGAGCAACUCGAGCCGGGGAAGAAGGCGCGCAUCGUGUGCAAAGUCCGAGGAUUUCCGAUUCCGUUCAUCGUGUGGAAGAAAAACGAGACGGUGUUGCACAGCAAUUCCAACAUAAGGAUAACGUACCGAGGCGAGGAUUUGGUAGAUAGGAGAAAGAGCACGUUAGUGAUAAGGACCACCGAGGAGCGUGAUUCCGGGCGGUAUACGUGCGUGGCGCAAGGUGUCGAUGGCAAACGGAUGGAGGCGAGCACCGAAUUGCGGAUAGCUAAUAGUAAUAGCCAUGAGGAGAAGUGCGACAGCAACUUGUUCUGUCUCAACGGCGGCACAUGCAUUAACGUGACGGACCUGAAGGAGUCUUAUUGCAUAUGCAGCGAUGGAUAUACGGGAAAAAGAUGCGACCAGAAGACGAUCCUGGAGCCGCAACCAACGAAUCGCACAAGAAUGAUCGUGUCGCGUUUGUAGAUGCUCUCACACUCAUGCCUCAUUAUUAUGUUUCAUGUAUGAAGACGAAUAGAUUUUUUAACGGACAGACUGAAAAUAACGGUGAGACUUUGAAGAAUCUCACAUCGGACGCGGACAACGAAUGGAAUGAUUAUUGAAUUGAUGUUAUGUUGAUGCCAAAGAUGAUAACAAUUAAAUGUCUACAUUUAUCUAUCUUUAUCUCUAACAAAUACUCCAAUUAACGCUGUAGAAUUUCAUUAAUUUCUCAUUUAUUUAACAUUUGUAAAUAUCUGAUUGAUGAAUACUUGUGAGGUUAUUAAUAUUAACGCCCAAAACGCGAAAAAAGUGCUUUAGAGAAAUCGAGAACAAUAAUGAAAUACUCCAAUAAAUUUUACAACUUUCUAGUGAUGUAAACGUUUAAUAGAACUUAAAUUUUGUACGAAUACGCAUCAAAUACAUAAACUUGUUGUUGGAAAGUAUUUUGAACUUAAACUGCCUGAUUGAUGUAAUUGUAAUUUUGAUAAAAAUAGUUAAGCAACAAGAAAACGAUUAAUAACACUCGCAUAAUGUGAUAUUAUUCUUCUAAUUUAAAUUUUAGCUAAACUAAAACUAAAUUCUAAGCGAAAUAAAUGUGUUUAUAAUGUGUAUAAUUAGAUGAUGUGUAGUAGAAGGAGAAAAAUGUUGACUUAUGUCACUGAUUGCAAACAAAAAUGGAAUUUAAUUUCAACAAGGAACAAACUUAAAUGUCUAUUACGAACAAUAAAUGAAUGUGUACAAUUUCUUCAGCCAGAUAUGCGCGAAUAAUUGAUGCGCCGGUUAUCCGAAAAUCAUAUAUUAUAUUAUUUAAGUAUGUGUAUUAUUUAUAUAAAUACUGAUAUUAACGCAAAACGCAAGAAAUAUUAUUACGAUACAAAUAGCGCUAUUUUUAAUGGAAGAAAACAAUAAAUUAUAUUAUUGAUGCUAA